AUUCUUGCGUUUCGUGUGCUUUCGUACCCAGGGCAGUUUGAUGAGAGACCACGACAACGUCAGGCUUGCGUUCGGACUGUUUGUCCUGGUGGUCCUGGUAUAUGGGCUUUGUAUCAUUGACAUGGAGUAGAAUGUUGGUCUUGUCGUCGACCUUGAAUGCAGGUAUUCCUUGUACAUUCACCUUGCUUAGUUCACGGAGCGCACAGUUGGCGGCUUUGACGAAAGAAGCGUAUGUCGAUGUUUCGACGUUAAUAUCACAAAAAUCAGUCAAGUGUCCCUUUAUCUCUUGCGCUACAGCCCCCACAUUGCAGAUAGGCAGGACAGCAUUGAGGGAAGUUUCGAAUAGCUUCGAUUUCUCGCUGACAGAAAGGUUUUGAGAGUAACCUGUGCAUCUUGCAAGGAGUUCUUGCAGCAUCGUAUCUGCCUCACACUUCUCAAAGUUUUGGACGUCCCUCGCGAUCCAUGGACGGACAUUAUUGACU